AUGUCUGACGCUCCCGCAACCAGUACGACUGCUACCAAACGAAAGUCAACAGGCUCUUCUACUGCUCCUAGAAAGAAAGCCGCAGUAAAGGAUCCUCAUGCGUCGGCUCGUGAUCUGGUUGCGUCGAUCAAUGAAUCUCCUCUUACUUUCACCUCACCUGAAGGAGAUGAUGAAGUACGAAAGACAUUUGUGGCUAUUGCUGCAUAUACCAAAUCACUCGAACCAGUACGAAAGUCUGCAUCGGAUAUCGAAGACGCGAAGGAACGAUUGAAUCGUACAAUUGUGGGUGGUAUAAAAAAACUUAUGACAUGGAAACCUUCUUGCAAGACCGGUAGCGCUAAAUUUUCACACGAUGGGAUUUGUACCGAUCCAAUGGUAUUCGGAGCUCUUCUUGGACUAGAUGAUAAACCGAAUUGGAAGAUGAAAAAGUAUACUAUCAACGAAAUUGAAAAUAUUCUUGGUGAACAUAUUUCAAAGGAGAUCAGAUAUGAUUGUUUAUAUUUGACUUCUGAUGUCAAUGUUCGUUGGAACGAAGCUACUGGUGAAUUCAAAUUCACAGGCUCGUAUGGAAAGCCUGUCUGA